CAGAUGCAGAUGCUGCAGCAGACAGACAGACUCUUCAGUCAGCAAAGUAGAUCCACGUUACAUCUGAGCCUUAAACCCACGGGAGCCUCUCAAAGUGACCGUGAGGCGCAGACUGUGGAUGUGAGUGCGCGCUGAUGCUGAGCGGGAGGAGGAGAGAGUUUGGAUAGAGGCGAGCGGUGGCACAGGGAGGAGAGCUUUCUGCACGGACUUUUUACGCUUUCUGUCGAUCCUCUAUCUGCGACCAGAGGCUGACGCCUGCAGAAAAGUGGCAUGCAAACAGGGAUGAAAUCAUAGAUGAGCUGCGGCUCCGACGUGUACACAGAUCCGGCAGGUUUUUGGUAAGAACUGAAGCAAACAUGAAACCCAGGAGUCAGGACCAGAGUUUGUCUGACUCCAGAGAGCUGGACAGAUCUUACGACCCGCUUACAGGUAAUCCACCAUCCAAACCCAAUAAAAAGACCAUAAAGCAGCGGUUCCUCAAACUGCUCCCCUGCUAUCGCUCUGGCUCCAGCUCUUCAUCUAAUCAAAGAAGUUUAGAUGGUGAUGCUGAACUAUCGACAGUGUGUUACAGACCGGAGGGGCUCGACCGUCUCGUUCAGCACACCAAAUUCACCAAGAAAGAGCUGCAGGUCCUCUACCGUGGAUUCAAAAACGAGUGUCCCAGUGGUGUGGUGAAUGAAGAGACUUUUAAAAGCAUCUACUCCAAGUUCUUCCCUCAAGGAGAUUCGAGUAUGUAUGCACAUUUCCUGUUUGAAGCUUUUGACACCAACAAUAAUGGAUCUGUCAGCUUUGAGGACUUUGUUAUAAGUCUAUCCAUCAUCUUGAGAGGCUCCGUCACUGAUAAACUCAACUGGGCCUUUAAUCUGUAUGAUCUCAACAAAGAUGGCUGCAUCACCAGAGAGGAGAUGACAGACAUUAUGCACUCUAUCUAUGACAUGAUGGGGAAGUAUACGUACCCUAACAUUAAGGAUAGUGCUCCCAGGGACCAUGUUGACAACUUCUUCCAGAAAAUGGACAGGAACAAUGACGGAGUGGUCACCAUUGAGGAGUUCCUGGAGACAUGCCAAAAGGACGAAAACAUCAUGCAGUCCAUGCACAUGUUUGACAAUGUGAUUUAAGGCUCUGGUGGACACAGACAUGAGAUUUUCCCUCCUUUCUGACGCUCAUCUACAGAUCUUCGGCCUCCAGCCAGAUUGGACAGUGUCUCUUUGGGGUAAACAGACUAGUGCAGGGUGUAAUGAACCUGAGGAUAUCUACCCCUGAACCCUGUGAACCCUUGUGAAAUGUUUCAUUUAAAUAAAAGUGUUUCGAUAAGGCA